CGGGCCCCGCCCUCUCCUGGGCGACCGCGGAGGCACCACCGAGGCACCACCGCGGUACCGUCGAGGCGGCGGGGCGGAGCGGCGGCGGGGCCGCGAUGGCGGCCGAGGCGGAGGAGGAGUACGAGUCGGUGCUGUGCGUGAAGCCGGCGGUGCUCGUGUACCGGGUGCCGCCGCGGGCCUCCAACCGCGGCUACAGGGCCGCGGAGUGGCAGCUGGACCAGCCGGCCUGGAGCGGCCGCCUGCGGAUCACGGCCAAGGGCAGCACGGCCUUCAUCAAGCUGGAGGACAAGAGCUCGGGAGAGCUCUUUGCCCAGGCUCCUGUGGAGCAGUUCCCCGGCAUCGCUGUGGAGGGCGUGACGGACUCCAGCCGAUACUUUGUCAUCCGGAUUGAAGAUGGGAACGGCCGCCGGGCGUUCAUUGGGGUCGGCUUUGUGGACCGAGGGGAUGCCUUUGACUUCAACGUGGCUCUCCAGGACCACUUCAAGUGGGUGAGGCAGCAGAGUGAGCUGGCCCGGCAGGCCCAGGACCUGGAGCAGGGACCCAAACUGGAUCUGGGCUUCAAGGAGGGACAAACCAUCAAACUCAACAUCGCUAACAUGAAGAAAAAAGAAGGAGGGACGGGGAGCACCAGGCCACGUCCUGCAGGGCCUGGGGGCCUGAGCUUGCUCCCACCACCCCCUGGAGGAAAAUCCAGCUCUGGGGAGCGCCCAGCCCCACUCUCCAUGCCUGCCCAGCUCCCAGGAACCCCCAUCACAGACUCCCUGUUGUCCUGGCCUCAGCCCACUGCUGCUCCUGCUGCUGAUGUCUGGGGAGACUUUGCCAAAGCUUCAGGGUCAGCUUCCAGCCAGGCUCAGGGGAACACUGGCUGGGUUCAGUUCUGAUCCCACCUUGACCCACCUUUCCCCACGUGGGUGCUGGGAUCCUCAGGAUUUUGUGGGACCAAAGAAUCAGCCUCAGGACACCUCACUCCUGCCCUUAAACCCCCCCCAGCACUGGAAUGCUGGAAUAAGUGCUGGGAAGAAAGAGCCGCGUGCCUUAAAACACUCCACACCCAGGAUCAUGGGAGACCUUGGAGGCUUCUCCUGUGGGAAAAACCAUCAGGUCCCUCCAUCUCCUUCAUAAGGAAGGAGAGCUCAGAGUCUCCUCAGAAAUUCCUCUGCCUUCGGCUCCUGCUUUUGGGCUGGAUCAAUCCUUCCCUGGGCGAGGAGCAUCCUCCUGGAGCCAUCCUACCUCCCAGAUCCACUCAAACCUUUCCCUGCCAGGAUGCCAAGCACCACCUGGAUUUUUUUCUGAGCACUUAACUGGGAUGUGGGGAGCCUGAUCCCGUCGUUUCCAUGCUGAAAUUCCUCAUUUCUUACUCUGGGAAGUUUGUUUUUCUCCUCCUCUAUUUUGAAGACACGAUUUUUUACUCAUUUCCAUGGACAUUUUAUUAAGAACAGAAUAGAGUCAAGCUCUCGGACAGAGCUGGGGUUGAGAUCCCUCUUGAAAGGGCCGGAGUUUAUGUCUGGGGGCCUGUGGCCCGGAGUGGCCGGCUGACUCCUGAAAAUCUGCGAUACGCAGGAUGCCUCCCAGACCCAGGCUGGUUUCGUAGUGCCACUGGAGUCCUACAAUCUGCCAUCAGGAACCGGGGCUGGUGACUUUUGUUGCCCAGGGAAUGGGCCGGUGUUGAGGAAUAUUACCAGAGAUCAUCUUGACCAGUUCCCGGUAGCUGAAGAGUUUUGAAAAUUAUGAACUCAGCUAAUGAGCUAUAUAUCCUUGAGCAGAGAUGCAGGGAUUAGAAACAUCAUGAGAAGGAGAAAAUCUAACUUUUAAGGAAUGUAAACACAAAGGUGGAGCUGACAUGUACAAGGUAACCAAUAACUUGCUUAGGUUACAGAAUAUGUAUUAGCUUAUUAUCUUACUGUAUAAAAGUCUGAUAAUAUAAUCAAUAAAUCGAA